AUGUUUGAAACAAUGUAUGAAGCCGAAGGCGUUGGCCUUGCUGCACAACAGGUUGGCUAUACAGGGCGGGAGACUGUCUGGGAAGGGAGUGUACGUCCGGCAGUAUUUAUCAACCCGGAAAUUUUAUGGACAGAAGGUGAAUAUAUUGGCGAAGAAGGAUGUCUCGCGCUGCCAGAAGAUAGUGAAAAUGCGGAGUGUGUCACACGCCGCGGCAUCAGGUGCCGAGUGUGUGCACUCGAUGGAAAUGGCCGUGUAUUUGAAAUGGAUCUGGAUGGUAUUGCAGCCAAAGCACUUCAGCACGAGAUUGACCACCUCAAUGGCGUGCUGAUCCUCGAACAUUUCAACGCGAUCAAGCGCAAUUUGUUGCGCGGUCAAUUGCGUAAGCUACAGCGUGAAGGCAAGAAACAGGCACCGGGAAUGACGUACGUAUAA